AUGGAGAUUGAAAGCAUCGCAAUUAUCUGCCUCGUUAUUCUUGUCGUCCUCAUCAUCCAAAUCAUAGUCAGUCUGCGACUGCUUUUGCAGCUCCACCACCAUGUGCACGCAAGAGAUGAGGAACAUGAUAUGCAGAGCAACCCCGUCAGACCCGGUUCUGUGCCCAUCCAAGAGAAUGCACGACCGCCAUCGCGUAACGAUGCGGAGGGUCUUACUGUACCAGGACCAGCGUAUCCAUCCAGCUCAAGAUACAGUGUUCGGACAGACAUCAGCGACUCGUCAUCUCAUUAUGCGGCCUACAACUCGACCAAGAAUAUAGAGCGGCAGGCAUCGCACAGUGACAUGAAAUAUGAAUGUGGGAACCCCUUUGCAGAUGACGCGUUGAGCAAAACGAAGAAGAAAAAGGAUCUAUGUAAAGAUUAUGGAGUGAGAGACCGUGAGACCGUUGACGGAGUACUGGUAAGAGAAACGAACGCCGAAGCGGAUCGAUGUAGAACCGGGGGAUAG